AUGUCACCAUCUUAUUCUGCUCACAAUGAAUGGGUUGCUAUGAAGCAACAAACUGCAGCUGAGGUUGCUCAAAUUGAAAAAUGGUGGAGUGAACCACGUUGGGCGCACACCAAGCGCAAUUACACUGCUGAGGAUGUUGCGAAAAGACGCGGUACUUUUCCAGUUUUAAAAUCUACUUCUACUGUGAUGGCUGACAAGAUGUACGCUCUUUUGGAUAAGCACGCGCGUGAUGGAACUGCGUCACAGACGUUUGGCGCGCUAGACCCCGUGCACGUGACUCAGAUGGCUAAGUAUUUGGAUUCGGUGUACGUCUCUGGCUGGCAAUGCAGCGCUACUGCUUCGACAUCGCACGAGCCAGGCCCAGAUUUUGCGGACUAUCCUAUGGAUACUGUCCCUAAUAAGGUAGAGCAUUUGAUCAAGUCGCAGUUAUUCCAUGAUAGAAAGCAGCGUGAAGCGCGGCUAUCCUGCACUACUCCCGAACAGCUAAAUGCCUUGGGCCCUGAGAUCGAUUACUUAAGGCCAAUCAUUGCGGAUGCAGAUGCUGGCCAUGGUGGGCUUAACGCCGUUUAUAAGUUGACUAAGUUGUUCAUUGAGCGGGGUGCCGCCGGGAUUCACAUGGAAGAUCAGACCUCUACCAACAAAAAGUGUGGUCACAUGGCCGGUCGUUGUGUUGUUCCGGUUCAGGAGCAUGUGAACAGAUUAAUUAUGUCACGCCUAUGCGCAGACGUGAUGGGUUCGAAUCUUUUGCUAGUCGCUAGAACCGAUUCCGGGCGUGCUACAUUGAUUAGCUCAACAAUUGAUAACAGGGACCACUACUUUAUCUUAGGAGCAACAAAUCCCGAAGUCACAGUGUCGCUGGCUGACACUCUGGCAGAAGCCCAAGCCGCCGGGGCUAGCAGUGAAGAAUUGCAAGAGCUUGAGGCCCGGUGGAAUGAAAAAGCGAGGUUAAGGUUGUUCCACGAGAUAUUCUCAGAGAAAGUCAAAAAUAACCCUAAGAUUUUCAAUCAAUCAGUUAUUGCCAACUUUAACUCUAGAACAGGGCCAUAUUCCGGGAAAUCAAUCCAACAAAUGCAGGCUAUUGCCCGUGAACUCAUUGGAGAGGAGAUUUACUUUAACUGGGAUCUUCCACGUUCCUCUGAAGGACUCUACCGUUACAAUGGUGGCAUCGAAUGUUCCAUCAUGAGAGCACGCGCUUUCUCACCUUACGCUGAUCUCGUCUGGAUGGAAUCAGACUCACCUGAUUUUGAGGAAGCGAGACAGUUUGCGGUGGGAGUAAGGGAAAAAUACCCUCACCAAUGGCUCGCGUACAACCUUUCCCCCAGUUUCAAUUGGCCUAAAGCCAUGCCUCCACAUGAGCAAGAGACCUUCAUCACCAGGUUAGCUAAGCUCGGCUACAAUUGGCAAUUUAUUACGCUAGCGGGGCUGCACACGACGGCUCUAGCUGUACACAGUUUCUCCCGUGAAUACAAAAAAUUCGGAAUGAAGGCGUAUGCGGUUGACGUGCAGCAGCGCGAGAUUGAUGAGAGUGUUGACAUUCUUAAACACCAAAAAUGGGCUGGGGCUGAGUAUGUGGACGGUCUGCUCAAACUUGCCCUUGGCGGCGUUAGUGCUACAGCCGCGAUGGGUAAGGGUGUUACGGAAGAACAAUUCAACUCCGUUACUAAUAGUGCCAGACUUUAG